GGAGGGAGCCGCCGCAGUGAGGCCGCGCAGCACGGGCGAGGCGGCGGCGGGCCGUGUUGCCAUGGCAGUGCUGCCCCAGCCGAGGGCUUAGGAGGGAGGAGGCGGCUGGCCGCAGGGGGCGCCUCGUGGUUAGACCCCGCCGGGAGGCGAAGGGGUUAAAGCAGGCGGGUGUGCUCGGUGCCGUGGGGGUCGUUUGCGGGCGGGUGUCGGGAUGAGCUGUCGGCGGGGGCUGAGGGUGUGAAGCUUCUGCUCUUUUUUGGGGCGGAAUGGAGGCUGCUGCGGAGGAUGGGUUCUAUGAGGAGGUGGAGGUGAACUGCUACGACUUUGAGCCCCUGCCGACGUUGCUGGAGGAUGAGGAGAAUGUGUCCCUUGCUGAUAUUUUGUCACUGCGAGAUAGCUGUCUUACUGAGCAAGAUAUUUGGGCAAUUUGCCUGGAGUGUUGCCAUUCUCUGAAGAGCAUUGCCCAUUCUGCAAUCUUCCAGACACUCUGCAUCACUCCUGACACUCUGGCUUUUAACACCAAUGGCAAUGUAUGCUUCAUGGAACAACUCAGUGAUGAUCCAGAAGGUGCCUUUGUUCCACCAGAAUUUGAUAUCACCGGUAACACUUUUGAGGCACACAUCUACUCUUUGGGUGCAACGUUGAAAGCAGCUAUUGAGUAUAUUGUAGAACCAGAGACAGAAUCAGAAUUUGGGCAAGAUCUGCAUACUCUCUUGGAACAAAUGCAGGAGGAGAAUCCUGAAAAUAGGCCAGAUAUUGAGAGUAUUUUGUCAUUAUGUGAGGAAAAACUGAAGAUUGCUUCAUCAAGUAGUAUUUGUCGAAGCCUGUCUGCUGUUGGAAGAAGGGUUCUUUCAAUUGAAUCAUUUGGUGCUUCUCAAGAUGCCUGUGAUAACAUGUGGAAAGGAAGAGUGUUUCAGAAAAGUUUGGGAUCUAAGUUAUACUCAAAUGAGAUACACAACAUAGGUGAUUCGCCUGCAGCAGAAGAUGUGGCAGCUACUUGUCAUAAGGACUCUUCUGUAGUUCCUGUGGUGACUGGCAGAGAAAGUAGCUUAAAGGAAAAGCAAAUUGAUCUGGAUAAUGAGAAAACUCAACAUUCUCUACUCACAACUGAAGAGAAAAAGAGCAAAGAGGACAAACACGUAGAAUAUACUAAUGGUUUUGCUAGUGUUGCUUUGGAUAUAAAAUCAUGUGAUAAUGACCUGGAGAGAGAUGGCGUUUUUAAGAAGGGUUCUUUGAGAAAAAUUAAAACUUUUCCAAAGCUACCACUUGAACCUACAGAUACAAAUCACUUUUUUACAUCUGUAACCAACAGUGGACCACUAGCUAAAAAAAAUCACUUGCUUAUGCAUGAGUCACUACCUCUAGACAAUAAUAAUGAGGUUGGUUUUUCGAAGGGAAAUCUUAAUUCACUUGCUGUUAAUAUUCCAACAAAAACAGAACCAAAGCAUCACCAGGUUACUGAUCUUCAUUUAGAAGCAUCUUGUGUGCGUACACAAGUGUCUGGCAUGAAUCUAGAAGAACACAUAUCACUUAUUAGUGGUAAAAAGAUAGGUUUUAUUUCAUCUGAUCUUAAAGAAGAUUGUUCUGAUGCUACCUCUGAAGUGUCCAAUACAGCUGGUAUGCUAAAAAGCCCAAAUCUAUCGAUUACUGGAGCAAAAAAGCUAGACAAUUGCAUGGCAUUGGAAGACUGUACUGAAACUUCUCAAGGGUCAAAUGACAAUUCCUUAUCGCACUUUAACAAGAUGACUUCAGUGUUAACAACAAAACCGAGUGGGAGCAGAUAUGGAUCAAACCUAAUUAGGUCUCCAGAAUUAAGCAGCGGUGCAUUGAGCGCAAACAAUAAUGAAGAUAAUCUGUGUGGAGGCAGAGGGUCAGAAAUCAGAAGUAAUGAGCAGGUAGUAAAAAUAAAGUCUUCAUUGUAUAGUUGCUGUGGUCACUUAUGUGGAGAGGAAAUGACUUAAAUGUGUUUGCUUUUCAUCCCUCUCUCCGUUCCUUCUUCAGCAUCCUGAAAAAUCAAAUUAGUCUGCACACUUUAAGAGUUUAAUUGGAAAUGUGGUGAUGCUUUUUUCUCUUUAAAAGUAAUGUGCUGCAGCAAAAUUACAAAAUCAACUUUCAUUUUAAUUUAUUUUUUUUUUUUACAAAUGGUACUGGAGUAUGCUUCAUAGCAUGAUUCAUAGCUAAUUACAUAUGUUAGAAAGCAUUACCAAAGCACGUGUAAAUUUUUAAUCCUUUUAUGUUACUGUCAGUCCAUAAAGUUCACUACCUUGCAGUUGACCUCCCACAUGCUUAUGGAAAUUGUGGUUUCUCGCUGUAAACUUGACCUCACUGAAAUCAAUGGCAAUAUCCUAUCUGCUUCAGGAGGGGAGAAGACUCCACUUUUUAAAUCCACAUGUAUGUUUAGGCUUUUGGAAAUUGUACAUAUACUGUAUUCUGUGCUCUUAAAUGACAGCUUUUGUGUGUUAUGUGUAUUUCAUGAUAGAAUUCAAGUGUGCACAAUACGAUAGGUUUGUUGUCUCAAGCAUUUUGUUUCUCUCUAUAUAUAGCGAAAUAUGAGGAGGGAAAGCUGAUAUUAAUCUGCUACAAUUUGUUGAUAGACCGUGCAGCGUUGUCACUUGUCUCUUCAAGUUAUAGAUUCUCAGGGUGGACAAGUUUGGUCUCUGACUUUACAGUUUUCUCUUGUGUAAUACUCAAAGAGAUAAAGCUAGUCCUUGUGAUUGAGAGAGUUGCUUACUAAGAAUGCAGGAUGGCUGAAUCUUCUCCAGCCUCACUUUGACUUGGGAAAAAAUGAGCAGCACAAACUUUACUCCAUUUACAGAAUGUCUCAUUUUCGUUCUCCAUCUCUAAUAGCCAGUCUUUCCACCAUCCCGUGUAUUUGGAGUUAGUUUCAGUUUGUAUUAGUUCUUCUUUUCACAUUGCCUGGACACCUCAACUGGAGCAGUAACCUAGAAUAUCAAUUGUGUAAACAGCCUUUAGUCCAUGAGAACUUUAAAACAAAAACAAACAAACAAAAAAAAACCACUGACUUUGUUCUGACUUUUCCUGUUUCCUCCAACUUAUUCCUUCAGUAAUUUGUACUUACUAAGUUUUCAGUGCAGGAAGAUACUNUGAAUAAGAAACACAUGGCAAGGUUUUGCUCUUGGAGGGUGUUACUCGUUACAUGCAUAUUGACUCCUUCAGUUAGUUUUAAAUUCCACAAGAUUUUUUUUCAGACUAUAGGGAAAGUUUCAUUUGUUAAAAACCUAUCCCCCUCCUUUUUUUUUUCUUGUCUGAGCUGUGCAUGCCCAUGUAAUUAGGAGUACAAAAGAAUAAUCAGAUCUAUAAUCACUCCAUAUUCUUCUGCUUUUACUGUCAUUUGUUCCUAUGGCCACACAUAAGCCUUCUUUAUUUUGCAGAUAGUUGUAUAUUUAACAAGGAGUGAAGCAAUUCCAGUCAGGUUAGUUUUGUCUAAGGAAUAAAGGUACCAUUCUUCAGUUGCUUUCCUUCAGCCCCUUAACUAGAGAGGUAGGAGGUGCCAUCUCUUAAGAAAAUAAAUUGACUGCAUUUACAAGAGUUCUUUAGAGGGGAACAAAUCUGUUGAAAUAAGAUAUAUAUUCUGUCCUUACUGGAUUAUUAGUACAAUAACUUAAGUCUGUUUGGGUACAUGGAAGAUACUUUCGAGAAAAUAAUCUUCCUCAGAGUUACGCUUUCCCAGACUUCUUCCAGAAUCUAAAAGCUGAAACAAUGUCCUGUUUUCUUUUCCUGCAGCAGUGGUUGGGUUUAAACUAAAGUAUGUUUUCAGGUUUGUCUGCCCUUCUGAAAUCCUCUUCUUCAUAAAUUUCAUCAUCAAUGAAUAUUCUUUCCAUCUGAGCAGAAUUUCAUUCUUCAAAAUAAGUAGGCUUUUAUUAGGUGAGGUUAUCUUGCUCCCAUUGAACUUGCAGGACAGUCAUGUGAAUUAGCAAACUCAGGUAAGAUCUGUAUUAGUACACAUAAUCUGAAAUUAAGUCAACAGAGUGGCAGUUGCUUUCUGUAAGCUAACAGGUUUUAUAGACUCAUAGUUUGUAUCUCUUUUUUCUUUCUUUUUUUCUUUGGUCAUAAACUCCAACAAACAUUCAUGUUCUACCACUCUUCAGAGCUUCUUAAAUUUGUAUGCUGGUCUGAAGUAAUCAGAGAGGUUUAUCUUGAACUGCUGGAGGAAUGAAAAGCGCUUUUAGAUGUGUCAAUGAAUAUGAGCACUACCUAGGCUUCUUGCAAAUUAAUGGAACCUAAAGUAACGUGUGUAGCAAGGUAAUCUGUUUUCUUAACGUCGUACUGGAGGAAGGUAAUUCAUUUUCAGUAGCUAUUGAUAUCUAAGGAGAAUUCUAUGUUGUCUUAUGUAAGGCUUUGGUUUAUUUUGCUUUAUUUGUUUUAAAUGUUUCAGCUUUUUUUUUUUUUUUUUUUGUCUCUUCUAAGACUUUUUUUUUUCCUCAGACUUCUAAAAUGCUUGCCUCUGUCUUUCUUCCUGACAACUGCAAAAAUAAAAUCAUGCUGUGCUAUCUGUUAUGUGAAGGAGUCGCACCUGAUUUAUCUGUACAUUUUCAAGUUCCCUUUCAUUUCUUAUUGCCAGAAUUCUACAGAAUACAAAAAAAACCCCAAACCCUUAACUCUGGGGGUUUGUUCCUUUGCUUCAAAACACAAAAAGCGUGAAGCCCCAGUAAUGAAAUUUUAUCUUCUGGGAUAAAUGGACAAUGCUUCAGAAGAUUUACAGUGCUGCUCUUUCACUAGUUUUCUAUAACAGAUAAGCAUACUUAUGGCUUUUAGGAGAGUACCUCUAGAAUGUCUUCAUAUAUUUCUUGUUCUUUAGAGAGUGUGCAAUAUCAGUUCCAUCUGGCUGAAGAUCAACCUUGUCUACUCUGGAGAACAGACAGGUUUUUUUUCUUACCUGUCACUAAUACUUCUCCAGUGGACAAUAUUUUUCUAAUAUCCUAAAACUGCUUUUUAAUGUUGUGUGCUUUAAUGCUAGUAGGCAUUACUAAAAAAUGCUUGCUUUUGUCUGGCUUCUGCAAUGUAUCUUGUGAGGGUUUUCUCAGAGGUUUUUAUAGUCUUGCAUGCCAUAAAUAAAUAUUUUUCACUUCAA